UUUUAAACAUUCAGCUGUCAUCACCUAUAGACAUGACAGAGGAGCAAAGUUCUGUGGCUGUUACAACAACUGACUACAGUGAUUACUACAAUACAGGGGGUUAUGAACAACCAUGCAACAAUGGCCAAACAAAGGCGUUCAGUGAGGUGUUCCUUCCCACCCUGUACAGCAUAGUGUUCAUCAUUGGCUUCAUUGGAAAUGGUCUGGUCGUGUGGGUCCUUGUCAGAUACCGUCAAAAAUCCAACAUGACAGAUGUGUGCCUCUUCAACCUAGCCCUAGCUGACCUACUCUUCCUUGUGUCACUCCCGUUUUGGGCUCACAAUGCCAUGGAUGAGUGGAUUUUUGGCAGGUUUAUGUGUCACACCAUAACAGGUCUCUUCAUGAUUGGUCUCUACGCCAGCAUCUUCUUCAUGGUUCUCAUGACACUGGAUCGCUAUGCCAUCAUCGUCCAUGCCCACAGUGCGUUCUCCAGAAAUCGCUCUCCAAAAAUGGGUUUGGCUCUGGCCUCAUUGGUAUGGAUAAUCAGCCUGUUUGCAUCGCUACCUAAUAUAAUUUUUGCCAGAGAUAAAAAUGAGACAAACAGCAAAAUAUCCUGCGGAUCUGAUUUUCCUAAUAAUACAUCCUGGAUGUCCUUUACCUACAUUAACAUGAACCUUCUGAGCUUGGUUUUCCCUCUGAUUAUCAUGAGCUUUUGUUAUUCCCGGAUUAUCCCUACUCUGCUCAGCAUGAAAUCACAGAAAAAGCACAAAGUGGUCAAACUGAUCCUUGCUGUGGUAGCAGUUUAUUUUCUCUUCUGGACUCCAUACAACAUUGUCAUGUUUCUUAUGUUCCUGCAGAGAUGUCGCUUCAUGCUUUCUUGCGAGUGGCAUAAUGGUUUGAGUCUUGCCAUGCAGUGGGUGGAAACCAUCGCCUUGAGCCACUGUUGCCUCAACCCAAUCAUCUACGCGUUUGCCGGACAGAAGUUCAGAAGAGCAGUCCUUAAAGUCUUCAAAGAUCAGUUUCCACUGUGCUUUAAGCAAUGUGCAUCUUUCACUCAUCAGUUAUCUGAGAGGAGAAGCUCAAUGUUCUCCAGAUCUUCUGAAAUUUCCAGCACACAAAUUGCGUAAGGCAAACAUAUUCCUCUAGAGAAUCUUAUUUUCAAGAGACCCAACACUGUAAAUGCUGGGUUCCAUGCAGUUGUCCCAACACAAAUCGAUUUUUUACCGAUUCAAGUGGAUUGAAUGUAAAACAAUUAUGUUUUCCCAAAAAACUUCAGAAUUUUGUUGUUUCAACUCAACUUCAACAAGCAGCAGCAAAAGACAUAUUCUUGAGUGAUUCUCGAAUUAUUAUUAGCAAUGAAUGUAUAUCUGCUUCAUCUUUUAUGUAGUCUUUGUUCUUUUUUUGUGCACUGUGAAAACCAACAGUAAACUUUAUCAAAUGAAGUGAGCGUGGUUAACUCAGAAUUCAGUGAAAGUUAAUUCUGCUCAUUUGAAAAGAGUUUUGAACUCAGCGUUGAAGGUAAAGAGUUAAUAAAAUACCUCAUUACUUCAACUUAAAUGGAGUAAGUUAACAGUACUCAUAUAGAUUAGUUUUUACCUCAAAUGGUUUGUAGCAAUCGGUUUCCUCAAAGGGUUUGAGUUGCCUUAACUCAUUGGGUUUUAUAGUAUUUAGUUGGUUUGAGUUCUCUUCAUUUGCUGGAUUUUACUCUUCUCAAAUUGCUUUAUUUACUCAAACGGAUUAAGUUCAAAGUAGUCACUGGGAUUAGUUUUUGAACUUAAAUGGUUUGUUGCAAUCGGUUUCCUCAAACGGUUUGAGUUACCUUAACUUUUUAGGUUUUACAGUGUGCCGAUUUUGAUUAUAUAAGGUUGUAUGAAAAUGCUGAAUUUAAUGCUGUACUUGUAUAUUGCUCAUAUGCUGUAUAAUAGAUUUGAAACAAAUAUACAAAUGAGACAAAUAAUAGUUUUGAUAUUAACUAAAGGCAUAGUUCACCCAAAACGGAAUAUUCCGUCAUCAUUUAGCCUAUUCACCCUUCACUUGUUCCUAUCCUGUCUGACUGUUCAAAACAAAUACUGUGGUUACAGUUUUUGAGCUUUUUUCAAAAUCCUUAAGUUUUUUUCAAAAUAUAUUCCCCUUUUUUCAAGAUUUUACUUUGUGUUACUCAGAAGAAACUCGUUGGAACUACUUAGUAAAUAGUGAGUAAAUGUUUUGUCUGAAUUAUUCCUUUUUGUAGAUUUCUCGGUUCAGUGAAUUAAAUCGUGAUUGUGACGUUUUGAUAAAUACAUUCAGGCAAUAUUUUAAAAUACAUGUUUCUUUUUACAAUAUUAAAAGUUUGCUUUUGCUAUUUGUAGUAUUUAAAGGCUUCUAUUAAAAAUAUUGUAAUCCAUUGUCUGGGUGAUUGUGUAUAUUCAAACUCAUAUACCAAAGUCUGACACAUAUCUGUAAACCACAUGUGCGUAAACGUUUAUCAUUCUGUGAUAUCUGUCUGUCUUUGCACCCACUUCCUUUCAGAAAUUAUAAUAAUUUUUUUAUGUUGUCCAUUUUAUUGUCUU